UGGCUAGGCUGAUCUUGAACUGACCUCAAGAUAUCCACCCACCUCAGCCUCCCAAAGUGCUGGGAUUACAGAUGUGAGCCACCAUGCCCGGCCCUUCGUUAUUAAAUUUUAUACCUAUCAGGCCAUAAAGAACUUUGGAAGCAUAGGCAGUAUUUUACUCUUUUAAUAGGAUGUGUCUCUUUUGAGUUUUUAAAGUUUUCUCAGGCAUACUGCACUAAGGGCUGCAAGUUGAUCUAGAUAAUAUAAUGUACAUUCUUAUUUAAUUCACCCAUGUGGUUUUCACAGAGAACAUCUUGAAGUGUUAUUGAUUCAACAAAACCAAGGAGGAGAGGAUUGGGGAAACAUUUUCUUCUCAGUGAAUCUACUUUAAAGCACUGGUUUUGUUGAAAAUGAUUUUUUGAAAAUAUGGAUUGCAGUCAGUUUUCGUGUAAAAGUCAAACCCUGAUGGGUUUCCUUCCAGUUCUCUGUAGAGUGGAUGGUAUCAGCUGGAGUAGCUGAAGACAGGAAAUAGCCAUCCUGACAUCAGGGUAAAUUUACCUGGCUGGGCUGUGAGGAAUAGGCCUUGUGAGUUUCACGGGAUCCCUUUCUGAGGUCCUUUCUGAGGACCCCUUUCUGAACCUUAAACCUUAUUUAAGGUUAUCUAAAAUAGAUAACCUUAUUUUCCUGUUGAAUAAGCUCUCCAGAAAAAAAAGAGAAAAGAGACCUUCAAUGGAACUGGACCAUUGCCAAGGGCCUCCCUGCUUUAGUUCCAUGCAUGAAUGUGUGUUUCUUACCUUUGAAAGGAAAGUGGGCUGAGCAAGCUAGGCAGUUUCUGAUAGACUUUUCCAAGAUGCAAAGCCCACCCACUAUCCUCUUUGAACUUCAGUAUUUAAAUCGAAGGAAAAAUAACUUUCCCAGAGGAUUCAGAUUAUUACCAAAUAUUGUCCAAAUUCUAUCAUUUGGAAGGUAAACCUUUACACUAUCUGCCCUUUAUACCUCCAACUGUGCCCUCAAAUACAUCUUCCUGCACUAGCCAAACUGACUUUCUUACAGUUUCAUAUUUUCCAACCACCUUGACUUGGUUCAAGCUGUGUCCUCCACCUGGCAUGCCCUUCCCACCCUCGAUUGCCACUCCUCAGUCUGUUCAGCAUCACGGGCCAAGUGCUCCCUGAGUGCCAGGCCCUGUGCUCCAUCUGGGGAUAUACGGUAAAUAAGGCUGACCUCUCUAUUCAUCCUAUUCUUGUUUCAAGUCUUCUUCUUUUUCUUUCUUUCUUUCUUUUUUUCCUAGACAAUUCUCUCUUUAGGACUUACUUAUUCACUAACACAUUUCAUGUAGCCAUCCCUUGACAUUCUCAUGCAACAUCUUUUGUGCUGUUGCUUUUGUGUAACUUACGAGUUCGUAUAUUCGUAUUUGAUGCAGUUAUCUAAUUUCUCUGGCUAGGGUUGUGGUUCUCUCUUAUUGUGUAUCUUUAAAAAGAUUUUAAAGAAAAGAACAAGAAAAAGUGAUGCCCAGCAUUAAACUCAGAGUCAUUAAAAUCAGAGCCAGAAAAGUCUCAUACUUAACUAAUGCUCAUCCCCCCAGGAAAGGAAAGUGUCUUGCCAAGGCCACAUGGUUGAUCCAAGGCAGGCCUAGAACCCAGGGCUCCUGAACACUAAGCUGUGCUUCUCCCCUUUGCAACAUCGCCUCUGUAGCUGCUAGGAGCUAUUUAUUGGGAACUUUGCAGGGCUCAGCAUUGUGAGAGACUCAGUGAUAUGUAAACUCCAACAGAGCAGCUUAUAAGCCUAGUAGGGGGAGUAGAACACAUUUGAAUUGAAAACAAGUUAUAAUAAUGUAAGGCAUGAGAUCAGAAGUGCCAGGGGAUUUUUUUAAAGAAAGGAGAGAAUUGAUCUUGUCAUAAUCAUCUGGGAAGGCCCCCUGGAGGAGGCAGCCUAGCCUGUCCCUUCAAGGGUGGUCAAGUAGUCAGGUGAAAGGAAGACAUGGUGGGAAGGCCUGGUGAAGGAGUCACUGCCUCUCUACCCCGCCAUGCCCCUGCCCCUUCUUCUGUCUCCCACGUGUCUGAAUACGCCGAUCAAUCCCAUGACCUCCCAGCAGAAAUUCAAGGGAAAGAGGCCCUCACAAUCAGGCGGUGUGAAUUUCCUGUAAUUUAGAGGAAACAGUGGGGUUCCUCUGUCGCCAUCUGUCUUUCAUUUGUUCUUGCCGUGAAUGGUUCCAGCCUUCUCCAAUUGAGGUCCGUUUAAAGGUUUUCUGGCUUUUCUUGUUUUUAUGACAUUUGGCAAAACCUAAUUAUUUGACUUGAGCACUUCAUUGGGGCCAUAUGAAACAAGGGACAAAGGUGACAGUCGAAUGAGAUGCAAGGGUAAGGGUCAGGUUGGGGGUGGGAAGGCUCACCCCAUUCUAAGGGUUGGUUACUGGAUCAAUUGCUUGGGGCAGGAGAGAGAGUAUGGACCCAUGUGAAUUACACCAUGUCCAAAGGUGGCAGACUGGUGUGGAGAAGGACCCAGAAGCAGAGAACUCUCAUUGUUCUGACUCUUCAAAGCCAAGGCAAUAAUCAUGGGUAGCGUUUAGAAAGAGCUCACCAGGACUUAAGUGCUUUUCACAUUUUCCGUCCAUUCUCACAACCCUGUUAGAUAGUUUCCAAUUCUCAUUUUAUUGGUGAGAAAACUGAAGUUAGAUAAUUUGCCAAAUACCUAGGUUCAGACCCAACAGUGUGGCUUCAAGGCCUGUGUGCUUAACUCUUACCCCUCUACCCACUCAAUAUGAGUUGGCAUUUGUGGAAGGAUAUCCCAUGCCUUAAAAUCUUUAUCUCAGGGAUGGUACACUUGAGUGUCACUGGUUUCAGGGCCAGAAAUGCAAACAUGGGGUACCUGCCCUAUAUCUGGGGGUACAGUAGGCAGCAGUGGGGCAUUUGAGCAGCUGACAAGCUCCUGCCCCAGGAGAAAGGCACCCUUUUGGAAUGAAGACUCAGUCCUCUAGGAGAUUUUAAAUUAGAAGUUAGAAAUCCAUAUUCAUGUGGACAAUCUUCAGACUUAAAGAUUGGUCCUCAGACUGUCAGCCUACAGCCCCAGGUUAUGUCCUGUAAUCCCAAAGCAUCUCCCAAAUUUGGUGUCCUCCUUGGUCCAGUAGGGAUCACAGUAGAUCGCAGGACAUGGAGGUGUGGAGUAACUGAUUUGACCUACAGUAAAUCCAAAUCUAUUUGAUUAUAAACUAUCUUAGAAAAAGAGCUCUAAAGAGGGUCAGAGCUGGAACUUGGGCAGGUGGACUGACUCAAGAAGCUCAUAUCCUCACGCUGUUCUCACAGGCAGAAUUCUGGCAGCAAAUGAUCUGAAUUAGAAGUCAGCUGACCUGGGUCCUGGUUCAGGGUCUGCAUAUGAGUGCAGCUUUGAGGCAAAAGAGGGUGAAGCCAGAGCAUCUCCAAGCACCUCCCAGUCCUUCUGUUGCACUCCACACCUUUUUCUCUAAUGUGUUGACCAGAAAGGGCCUGCCAUACACUAGCAUUAUAAAAUAUUGCACAGGAUGUGUCCAAGGAUAAAUUAUAAUAGCAUACAGAUAAUGAUUUUGUAGUUCAAGAACAUCUAUAGAAGGUGAUUAUGCCCUUAAGAAAUAUACUAAAUGCUGUGUUUAGUGUAAAGUCAUAAUCCACACUGGUCCUUACCUCCCAAGGUUAAAAGCAUACUGUAUUUCUAAAGUGUUCUGGCAGAACAUUCUUCAUCGGGCACCUGGGUUGCACUAAAAACCCAUGCAUUUUACCUUUAUCUGAGUUUCAAAGAAAGUAUCAGUGCACCCAUCUGGAAUACAUAUUAGAAUUCUAGGGGGCUCUUGAUACCAUUGGCUCAAUGGAAGAUAUGGUAUUUCUGGAUGAACCAAUAGUAAUAAUGUUAAUAAUAAUAGUGGUUCAUAUUUAUAUAACAUCUUAUGGUUUAGAAAACAGUUUCACAUAUACACAAUUAGGUUUUAGACUGGUCUUUAAAUAUGAGAAUCAUUGGGGCAAGCAUUAAUUUAAAGAAUAUAAACAGCAAAGUGAAAAUGGAAAUGAAGUAUGAUUGACUUCUUCUGCCAGUCGUGGCUAUUUGAAGCUGUUUGGCAGCGGGGAGGUGGGGGCCAAAAAAAAAGAAAGAAAGAAAGUAAGUAACGUUGGUGUCAAAAUGUGUAAGCAAAUAAAAACUUUCACCCCAAAGCGGAAAUGUAAAUCAACUUUGUGUUAACCAGGAGAAUUUGAUGUGGGAUGUGAAAUAAAGUCCACGAGAGACCUGACCCCCAGCUCUCUUUUCUGUUUCUCACUCUGGGCAGGUGGCAAAUCUCAGAUUCCUGAGGCAGCGUGAUCUUUUCUCCACUCCUUUGGAUGCCUGGCAAUUUGUAAAUCCACAAGGAAGCAUUUGUUUCAAGGGCCUUCCUUAACAAUCUCAUGCAAACAGCAUGAAGUGAUCAAAAGAAAUAACUCUUGUCUUAGAUUUGCCUUGUCCAGUUCUGCGGGGUGGCAGAACCAGGACCUCGAAUACCUUUGAGAAGUGGUGUUCAGGGCUGGAAAUUGGGUGAGGUGAAAGAAGCUUUUGCCUUGGGCACCAAAUUUAAGAGGAGACCCAAAACCUCAGGAAUCAAGAUAAAUGAUAGUUUCAUGCAAUAUUUUCAAACUAUCAAAAUAAAAUAUUUUCAAAAUAUCAAAAUUUUAAAAAUCCAGGAUGAACAGAAUGUCAUAAUUUUAAGUAAAGACAGGAAAAAUAUUGAUUCCAAAGCUGGCAUUUAAGUACUGAAUUCACUAGGGCUGGAAACAAUAAGGACACCAGGAAACUAGCAGCUGCAGCCAUAGGUGUGAGCCCUUCCAGGGUGCCAGGAGCAGUGUUUGGUAUCUUACAGGCACUUUCUCUUGAUACACAUCAGGGGACCUGAUUUGACCUACAGUAAAUCCAAAUCUAUUUGAUUGUAAACCAUCUUAGAAAAAGAGUUCCUUUACAGGCUCCAUAAAUUCCAUUAUAGUCCAUUUUGUCUUUGUUAAAUGUAUGGGUUGGAAAUUACAAUUCUUUUAUUCACAAUGAUGAUUUUAGACACACAGCUCAGAAAGAUCAGCAUUCACUUAAAAAAUAUAUUAGCAUGCUUGUAUCUAUUAAGCACUAUUGCUUUGUAGGCUCCAGCUGGUGAUUUUAUUAAGUAGACUGCAAAAGGGGAAGAAAAAUCAAGGAUAAUUAUAAAUUCAUAAAUACAUAAUUCAUUGGCAUAAAAUGAUUUAAAUGGAUUGGAUGUGGUAUUAUCUAUUUCCUCAAGAAAAUAACAGAGAUGUUCUGAUUAAGCCCAUAAUCUAGUGUAUGUGAAAUUCUAGCCAAACUGAUGGGGCACAUUUUCUUUUUUGAAACUACCUUUGAUAAGAAAUGCAUUACAAACUCAUCAGUUUGGCUUCCUGUUAACAAAGAGACAGCAGCCGUCUGGAUCAUUCUGGAUUCACAGUGAAACUGCCACACCAUGUAUCCUCCAACUAAAGCUGUGCAAGUUUGACAAGGGGCAGAUGAAUCCAGGAGUUAUUGUGCAGGGGUUUAAAUCUAUGCGGCAGCUGACGGUUGAAAUAAUCAUCUAUAUAUCGCUCUGAGCUAGCUGGGGAAAGGUUGAAGCUGUAUAUUUUCAACAUAUCUAGUCUAACGGUUAAUCUGUUGUCUUGUACGGGGCUCUCGCAGGGUGGACUGGCAGCACACGCUGACAGCUUCGAGGAAUUGCUCACGGUAGAUGUGGUUCGCCUUGCUUUCCAAAGUACUAGAUAGAUGAAUCUAGCUUAGCUUGAGUUGGAAAAUGUGAAACUCACCUGACUCAUGACCUCAAACAUGAAUGGACCAGCAGGGCUAAUAGUGGGUUGGGUGGUAGGGACAGUAGAGUCACUAAACUACCUCCCUUCCUCUCGACGUCCCCAGAUUUGUGUACUUCAGGUGUGCUCCAUGGGUAUUUCUUUUGUUAUUUGGCUGUCUUGACAGGUUGGGAAGAACAUUGUUCUUUGUGGAGACUGGAAAGCAAGGGAAAUAUGAGAUUAAACUACUGCAGGGGUCAGCAAAGUUUCUCUGUCAAAGGUCAGGGAGUUAAUAUCUUAGUCUUUGCAACACAUAUAGCAAAGUCCUCAACUUUGUCGUUAGAGAUGGAAGCAGCCAGGGAUGGCAGGUAAACCAACAACUGUGGCUAUGGUCUGAACAAAUUUUAUUUAUAGCCACCAAAAUUUGAAUUUCAUGUCAUUUUAGUGGAUUACAAAAUAUUAUUAUCUUAGAUUUUUUUCCCCAAUGACUUAAAAAUGUAAACACAUGUUUAGCUCAUGGGAUGUACAAAAACAGGUGGCAAGCUACAGUUUGCUGACCCCUGAACGUGAGAAAGAUGAGAAGGAAGCAGCUGUUGGUGUCCAGGAUGUGGCAGGUUUCAUCCCUACUCUAAAAGUUGUCCCCCACAAACAUGGACUGCACGUGCUAUGGCAACCUAAAGGAGUCAGUUUUAACUUUUGGCCACAAAGCCAAAAGUUGACUUUUGGUGUCAGGAGUAGGGAGUAGGGAGAGAAGGAAAGAAAAGCUGGGAAGGGGCUGUUUGUAUUGGACUUUUAUACAUUCCCCACCCCUCCCAGAUGGAUGCAAAGUAAAAAUUAUCUCCCAUCUCCUAGUACCUUCCCAUUCUCCAAACCCCAUAGCAAAAAUUCAGGGAUGUUCUUGAAUUUCUCUUUUCGAUUGUGCGUUUCCUGUUGGAAUUCCAUUGUUCAUCUCCAUGUCUCAUCUCUAAGAAACUAAUGCCUAGUGAUUUUUGCUUGAGACUUUUCUUUGCCCUUGAGGUAAUAGAGAGUCUAUUCCAGGGAAAACAGAAAAUAGCUAAAGGCAACCAGAAAAUUCCAAAAGGAUUUUCUACUGAAUACUGAGCAGGGCAGAGCAUUGGGCAAUGAUUCUAACAGGUCAAGUCUACAGUGAAGAUAUAUGAGCUGCGAUUCUAGAUAUGGGGGGCUUUGGUAGAUGCUGGGUUCCUCUCAGGAUGCAUACAGAACAUAGUUUGAGAUUGGGGUUGGGGGCCUAUGGCGUGGGUACCAUGGGUACAUCUAAUUCACCCAAUUGGAUUCUAGAGGAUCCGUUAGGCCCACAGCAUUUUGUAGAGAACACUGCAUUCCAAGUCAUGUGGAUUCUGUUAAUAUAUUUAUAUAGUAUUUUUUUCUCUCUCCCGUGUAGGAGCUGAAUUCUUUCAUUACUCUGUGUUGAUGGACUCAAACUUACACAAUUCAGGUUUCCUAGGCAGUGAAUAGAGCCAGAAAUAUACCCUGUGAUUAACUUCUAUGUAACCUAUUGUUCCUUAAAGUCUCCCUCCCCAUUUUCCUAUUAGCUCCACAAAAGCCAGAAAUGCAAAAGCUCCAACAAGCCUCCCUUCCCUGCCCUGGCAGCCUACCAUGGGGUGGGCACUCCCUAUGCCUGUCCUAGGGCAGUACAGGUCACUUAGACAUUUUUAAAAAUUCUUAUUCUGCAUAACGACAGAUUUUUAAAAAACUGACACCCAUUAGGUUUUCCAAGUUAGUGUGUUUCCUAUUUCCUAGCUAGAAGUUGUGAAAUUAUCCCGCUGGAAUAAUGUAUAUGAUAAUGUGGUUGUUCAAUUUUAGAGAGGUGUAUAUGUUUGAGAUAUUACGAUUGUUGGGGUUGCUUUUAAGGGGCAGCGUCUUUCAUCUUUUCCUCAUCUGUGGCUUAAUAUUAGCGGUGAUGUCAGAGGUUGCAGUGAACCAAGAUAGCACCACUGCAUACCAGCCUGAGCAACAAAGACCUUGUCUCAGAAAAAAAAAAUAUUAGCCAUGCUCUUUCAAAAAAUAGAUUUAUAGUUGAUUUUUAUGAAGAAUACUACAGUGCUCAUCAAACUUCUUGGUGAUAUGUGCUAUUCCAAGGUUGUCAGGCAAGAAAUUCUCAUUCCAAGGCUAUCACCGAUACCCACUUUAACUCCCCUGCACUUUGGUACUGCCCACUACUCUGGGCGUAGAACUUGGCUCCAUUGCCUGGCUUACCUGAUCCUAGCUGUGCUUAACAGCUCAGCCUCGUUGAUGGACACAUGACUUUCCCCACUGUAGGAUUCAUUCCAAAACAGCAGUCAAGUGCUCCUUUACAGAAAUUAUACUACCAAAUUCACAGUAUGGGUUGUUCAUCUGGCAUAUAUUAUUGUUUUUGUGGUUGUUUACCCAUCAUUGCUUAAGGAAAUAACCACACCCUCUCACCAGUCUGGUUUGUGUGAGAAAGAGCCAGACACCAUUCCAUCCUCCAAUCCAAAGAUUGCACUCUUGUGGCCACAUUGUAAGACUUUGAGAGUUAACUUGCGCAAACUUUCUGGUGAAAGUCUUAAACAGUCAUAUCAGAGAGAGCUUAGGUCAGCUUGGGAGUUUUGUCCAUGGUGAAUUACAUUUUGCAACAUGACUGUUAUAAAAUUCCAGGAAUUUUACCCUCACUCCCUACCCUUCAUUUUAGUAAAACAACAUUUGGAACACCCACUUUUCACUGGUGUCGCUGACGGCCAAAGGAAGUGCUGUGGAUCCCUUUUUCUGAGGAAUGGCAAACUCACGGCGUUUAAUGUUAGGCACUGAUAUCGCAACUAAGGGGACUGACCAAGCCAGCAGUUUGAGACAGACAGCAAAAGUUUAUCACCAAGGACUGAUUUUUCAGUAGAAUUUCUUUUAGCAGACUUCAGGAGAGAAUGGGUCUGAUCUUGCUGCUAAACUGAGUGUUCGGUGUCUGUGCAUGUUGUGGGGUGACGGGGAAGUCUGUAUAUUAAGAAGAUUGUCUUCUGAAUUUCCAGAAGUAUUAUCCCUCCUGACAUGGAUGACAAUAAAACAGCAAAAGGAAUUGCAGGAAGUCAUCAGGGUAAAAGAAAGGGGGAAAAAGGCAAUUCAGCUGUGAGGGAGAAACUUCCAGUUUGAUUCAAAGCUGUUCAAUGUUAAAAUUGGUUUGGAACUUUUCUAAAAAACAUUUCACUAAGGAUUAAUUUCCGUUUUCUUUCCUCCUUAUUGUUUGUCAGUCAAGGUUGCAGCUAGAUCACGCUAUUUCAAAGACCCAUUUGAGUUCAAGAAGGAAACACCCAAUUCUCGGCUUGUGACCGAGCCAGGUGAAGGAGGACUGUGACCCAUCCCCAUUUUUAAUAACUGCCCUGCACCCCUAAAUGUUCUACUUUACCAUGCUGAGCUCAGUUGAAGAAGAGCGAUGCACUACUGUGGAUUUUAGCUUGCACUUAGCUUGCUGGGCAGCAAAAUACCAAAAGGGAAAACCGUAAAAAAAAUUAAUAAUAAUUAAAACAACCUCACCCCCAAACUGGCAGCUUGCGCAAGACUUUGUCGGAAGCCCUGUUAGCUAGAUGCCUUUGUGUUCAAACCACUUUGCAUGACUCUUACUCUGAGUGACUCCAGUGUGAAUAUGACAUUACUAAUGACCUGCUAAGUGUGUACAGAUGUGGGUUUCUCCAGAUGUGAUUAAUAACAUAAUGGAGAUAGCGGUUGACUCAUGUUUAUGAGUUGUUUGCCUUUUAUUACGUUUCCGAGUUUAUUUGCUUUGAACUGGUUUUGUAACUCCAGCCAACAAACUCACCUUUAAAUCUUAAAGGGCAUCAUCCCCUUAAAUCUCACUGGGGAAACAGGGCAGAGAGAAUGUGCCCCAGGCUAGAGCUGAGCAUCAGGUCCGUUCUAUGCAGGCAUUAGACUGAAUUAGGGAAGGCUGGGAGUUGCAAUCAUUGCCCCAUUUCACUCCAAGGACCAUAAAGAGGCUUGGUAAACCCUGACACAGUGUUUGCAAUCUGGCAAGGCUGAUAAAGGAAGAUAUUUCUUUUUAAAGAAAUCUAGUGAAAUAUGUAAUCAUUUUGAAGUAAGCCCAGAGUUCUGGCCAGUGUUUCUGGAAGACGUUGCUUGCUUUUGCUUGAAAACAGAAUGCUGAUGAAAAGUCGAGUAAAAUGUUGUUACAGAUGUUCAGCUCUGCAUUAAGGCUGUUGGAAUUACCACCACAUCUUAAAUCAAUUCCCAGAACAUUGUCUGGAGGUUAUGUCAUUGAAAUAACGAAUCCUCUUUAGUCAAGUAUAAGCAAACAUGUUAAAACAUCAUUGUAACUUUAAAUUAAACUCUAGCACAAACCAGGGGAUCUGAAGCCUCAUUAGACUUGCCUGACAUUUUCCUAGCACCGAGUCUUCCCAAACUGUAAAACUGUUAGAUUCAGUGCCUAUUAGACAAGGGAGCACUGGGAAGUUACAACAGCACAUUAAGUGUUAUACUUAGGGAUGUGCAAAAACAAGCCCUUGAAUUUUAUGAGUACUUGGAGACUGGAUGGAGUUCAGCUCCUAUAAAAAUUCCACGUUAGAUUCCUGAACUUGUUUGUGUUCUAAAGAAGUCAGGUUUCUUUAAAGGAUCAUAUCUUCAUGUGGCUUCCGCAGCAUGAAGGCAAGUGAAAAUGCCAGAGAUGGAGGUGUAUUGUAAUUAGCCGAAAUGUAAGUUAAAUAAGAGCUUGUAAAUGGGCAUCAUCAUGAGGUAGUGGCCCAUUACUUCAACACAUUUGUCUUUCGUGAAAGUGAGUAAAUUUAAGCCUCCCUUUUAAUUCCAUUUUUAUUCCUCUCAUGUAGUCACAGAAGCCAUGAAAUGAAAAUUAUAUUUUAUAGCUUAACUAAAAGUUUUCUUAGAUCUGCUUUCUUUAAAUAUGCAGAAAUUGAUAGGAUCCAUAUAAAGGCUAAUAAUUAAAUAUGGUUAUACCCUACUUAUGAGAAAGAAGUUAUCACUGCUUCUCUUGAGAGACCUAAGCCAUAUGUAAUGGUCUCCAUUACACAGCGUUCAUAUAUUUAAGCUGGAGACGUUUUCCCCCAUCUCUUCAGGGAACAGAUCUGCAUUUCCAAGGCUGUGAGUGCAGGAGGAAACCUUUAAACCCAAGUUUCAUUUAGGAGAACAAAUCCCACUUUAAAUGCAGUAUGAUUAUGAUAGAUGAUCUUUCUGAGUUGCAAUGAAAAUAAAUAGUUUCUUUGCGUAGAAGAGGCACAACUUUACUACCAGAAUGAGGUGUCUCCCUGGAGCUGGCUAACAGGUAUUAACUUGCAACUCUUCCAUCUGAAGAUCAGUGUGGGCCAACAGCUAGCAACAAGAUGUAAAGAUAAUGGCCACUUAACCAAAGAGAAUUAUUUGUUAUAGGCCCAAUGCAAACAGGGAAGCAAAUGCUAAGCAAAAGAAUCCCACAGGCAUGCUAGGGAGGAUGACUUCUGUUCAGGUCUUAACUCAUCUAGAUUCAUUGUGUAACUGGACACAACCGUGGUAACAUCUGGUGACCUUGAAAAACGCUAGCCGUGGUAGACUAGGUUAGAUAAAAGACCUUUGGAUGUGGGAUUACAACCUUAAGAAGGCCAACUGAAUUAUAACCUUAAGAUGAGAAAAACAGAACUUGCACCCUGACUAGAGCAACUCACAUGCACGCACACAAACACACACAUGUUAUUUGCUCCAGCAUGCUACACAACCAAUCUAGGUCACCCUGAACACAAUAUACCAAUUGCAAGCGGCCCAUAUUAAAAGAUGACCUUGUCUUAUAGGUCUAGUCAGUGCAAGACUUUCUACUUCAUUCUAAGAUGGGGAAAGUGCGAAAGUAUACUUAUACACACUCACACACACACUCACACACACACACACAUACACCCUCACUGCCUUUCUACCACAUUAUUGCCUCGGAUGCCUGGUCCCCUAUCCUGUGAAAGGAAGAUUAAUUCAGGUCAAGCUCAGAGUGCCUGUUUGCUUGCCGAGAGAUGCAUAUCAACUCUAAGUGAUUUUUUUCAAUACCAUUUAUGUGGCUUGUAUUUAUUUCCUUUAAUCUUUUAAGUGCUGUUUAGUCUCUGUGUGAUUUGCUUUGGAUACUCAUUUCUGAUAAGAUGCGAUAUUAUCCCAGCCACGUAGUCUCUGCCUGGAGCUCUAAAUGACUGAUACGGUCGCAGCCUGAGCAUGGGCCCUGGUGGGUGUCAGAGGAAGCAGCUGGUACCGAGGGUGGGCUGUGGGUGUUUGCAGGUGCUUUCUUGCCUUCAUUUCUUCUGGUCUCACUCUCACCUUACACCAGAGUCAUUCCCUUUUUCUGCAUCAGCCAGGAUUUAGACAAGCCCAAACUGACAGCAGAAUAGGAGAGUGUAAAAUGUGUAAUACUUUGAAGCAGGUUUGGAGGGUAGUUGGAUUAUUAAAAUUGCCUUGGAACCAUGUAUCAUAACCUACUAAAUUUAUUUAGCGUUUUCAGGGAAGUACCAUAUAAUGCAUGCUCUAAUAUGGGUCUUCCUGGAUAAUACCAAGUAGCUGACAUGGCACUUUCUCCCCCAUCUAAGACUCCUACACCAUUAACAUAUAUCAAAGCUUCUUUUGAUGUCAUCACUGCUAAUAUUUCUCUUCUUAGCUUUAAGGUAACUGCUGUGCAUUCUGAGUUUCAGGGGUGCUUUCUUCCUAGUCUGUGUUGCAGUCAACUAUAAGAAUCUGAAGAUACUAUUUUUCCUUCUUGACAUUACAGCUUUAGCCUGAAUUGUGGGGGUGGGGAGAGGAGGACUAGAAUUUUGCAGCUGAUGCCCUUGGGUGACAGGCUGGGUUUGCAUCUGCUAAUUAUCAAGCAGUUCUCUUAAAAAGAAGCAUGAUGCAGGCUAAUACAUCUGCAAAGCUUAUUAGUGGGUGUCUUUGGGCAAGAGCAGUAGAGUGUGCUGUGGUGUUUUUAAGUGAAGCUUCACAUUGCUUAGCGAUCUGUGUGGUUUAGAUAUUUGGAAAACAGCUUUUGGUUUCCAAUCCCCUGUGCUGCCCUCCAUCCCUGCCCCGCUGCUGCAUCAUCAGAGAUUUCAUUCAAUGGCAACCUCCUCCUUCAUUCUGGGGCUCUCCUCCAACCUCACCAGCCCCGGUGCUCCUGUCUUCAUGGGUUAAGGAAGGACCCCAUUGGCACAGCCCCACAAGCCCUCCCUCCUGGCAGUUGGAGGGAUAAAAGCUGAGUUGGGCUUGGGAUUCUUGAGCCAGCAUGCGCCAAUGUGCCCUGACGUGAUUGAAACAUUGGCUGUCAAGACCUUGAAUCCUUGCCUCUUUUCAAUGCUCUUUCUCUGGCAUGCAGGGAUUAGGAACCAGCUAAGUUGGUUCAUCUGGAGAAGCAGCAGGCUGGCAGUUAUGCCGACAUUUCAAAUACAACUUUAUUUCUGAUUU